GUCUCAAUGGACUGGGUCCUGUUUGUAAUUUUGCAAGUCAUGGUUCAGCCAUCUCUCUCAGUGCUGUUCACUGUGGAGGCAGAGCAAAACACGUACAAGUCGGAAUACGGAGGAGAUGUCGUGAUGGGCUGCAGGUUUCAGCCGAGACCGUCACAUCCCAACACAGACCUGAAGGUGACCUGGCACUGGAUCAAACCUGGUAGUAACCGGGAAGUGUACCAGAUGAAUAACGGCAUGGCGCAGCCUUCCUCUGCAGAGUAUCAGGGCCGAGUGAACCUCUUCGAAGAGCAGCUGAGAAAUGGCUGGGCCAGACUAAAGCUCUCCAAUCUCCAGAUCAGCGACUCCGGGACGUAUCAGUGUUUGGUGCAGACGGCAGAAGAAGCCGACUAUAAAACAAUAACUCUCUCUGUUGUAGCACCGUAUAAAUCAGUGACUAAAUGCAUAGAGAAGACAGCAGAAGGGCAUGAUGUGCUGUUGACCUGUCAAUCAGAGGGAUACCCUGAGACGUCUGUGGUGUGGAAGGAUGGACGCCUGCAGGAACUCAAACACAACACCACCACUGUACAAACAGCAGACCAGCUGUUUAAAGUCACCAGUCAAAUACGUGUCAGUGCACAGGACAAAAACAACUACACAUGUGACUUCGCAAAUGGUCCCUCCGCAAUAUUUCAGAUUCCAGAUGAAGUAUGUAAUCCACAGGUGAAAAACAAGGCUCUCUGGAUUAUAUUGAGCACAGGAGCUGUAAUGGCUGUCAUCAUCGUGGUGGUGCUCAUGUACAGACGACGAAAAGGAUCCAGAAUUCUAAGUACCAGGAACCUUCUGUAUGAUGGUCUGGAUUGGCCCUGUCCUGCUGCUGCCUGCCUACAAAUAAAGAAAGAACACGAGGAGGAGAGAAUUAUGGUUUGUACAGAUGGCAUGGAGGAAAAUCUGGUGGGGCUUCUGAAAGCACAUUAUUCCGACGUCUUCAGUACAGAGUGGAGAUGCCUGUGGGACAAUUUCAAUGUGGAGGAGCUGCCUCGCAGGCUGCAAAACAGUGAGGGCCAGGUCAUGAAACUUCAAGCUCUAAUCCCAGAAGCUGGAGAGACACUUUUCCUCGAGGGACCUCCAGAGAGCCGGAAGAUGACCAUAGCCCAGAUCCUGGUCUCCUCUUGGACUGAAGGACGGACAGACCUCCUUGAUCUCAGCACCCUGCAACUUCUCGUUUAUGUCAACUGCAGCGCUGUGGAGGGUCACCUGAUUCAAGAAAUAAUGACUCAAUGCUCGCUCAUAAACAAAUCGACAGAGAACGAGCUGAGGACAGUGUUGACCAGGGCCAGCGGCGAGGCUCUCCUGUUGUUGGAUGGGUACAGAGAAGAAAACAAAACUUUUGAUGAGUCCUUAAAGAGGUUCCUGAGUGAGAGGGGGGGUUGCAGGGUACUGGUUAUGGCCUCUCCCGCAAACUGCCACUCGCUCAAGGAGGCUUGUGGAACAGGAGAGAUGCUGAGGCUCGAAGCACAAACUGUUUAAGACUGUUUUAUGACAUCAAUGCACUUGUAAUGUUUGUAUAUAGAGCUUUAUUUUUCUAGUACUUGUUGUCUGGUGAGAUUUUUUACAAAGCCCAAAUAUGCUGCAAAAUGUGAAUUCAAAGUUACAUAGAAAAUGCAAUUAAUGUUGAUUUUUUAUAUUGUUAGAUUACAGUGUUCAGAGGUCAAAGGUCACAGAUACCAGAUAUGUGUCUAUAAAACAAAUGAAACUGCACCAGGUGGUGUAGGCUUACGACUGAAGGGUGCCUGUAUUAUCCCUUUACAGUUCGCACUGCUCAUGAAACCCCUGAUAUCUGCUGUCCAGUAUCUCUGGCUCCAUUAAAUGUGAUAGUUCACAAAA